CAUCAUAUAUACAAUACACAUAUCCAUCUCCUGUUUGAUAUUACUUUUUCUCACGCAGUUUUUUCAAUUUUUAAUUUUUGAAUUCAAACUCACUCUCUACGAAAAUGGGUUGUUGCAUCAGCAAGUGCUCUCCAAAGACGAAAGAUUUCAAAAAAUCAGAAGAACCUGAAGAGAAGUACUGUUAUGUUCCGGAGAAGCUGUUUAUGUCGCGGUGUCCAAGUCGUGUUUCUCCACUUCUACUUCCGGAGAAGAACCGGUUUAAGCCUACCCCUAUGCCGGAUAAGUUCAUCUAUGUCCCGGAUAAACUCCCUCCUCCUCCUUCUCCUCCUGUAAAGAUUGCAUCUUACUCUCCAAUCCAACCUUCAACAACAAGUAACUCAUCUCUCAGCUCAUCAAGCUCGUCGCUUUCGACCGCUUCUUCAAUUUCUGUCUCGAAGGAUAGACCUUUUUCCAACGAUUUCUUGCGUGCUUGUUACCAAGAGAAUUCACAUGUUGCUCGGAUCAAUUCCUUACGUGAAGCUUCUCUAUCCAUGAAAACCACAAAACCAGGAUAUCCUAACCGGAUGGACUCCCCGGUUAUACCAAACCGGUAUUCAACAACACCAAACAAAGGAAAUGAAAAUCCUAAAAGAGGAUCCAAUGGCUCUAAGAGAACUCGAGAGCCAUCGCCAAACCUUCGUUCAUUGACACGACAAAAGAGCUUUCGUCAAGAUCAAGAAAUAGUUGUUAUGUCUGCUUCAUCAAAUUCUUUAACCAAGGGAAAUUUCUUGAAAUCUCCAUCUCCAAGCAGGAGAUAUGAAGGCACUUCCUUGAAAUCGCCAUCUCCAAGCCGAAGAUUUGGUAUGGCGGCGGCUGAUUUGACGGUUAACUCAGUCUCUUCUCGUGUAAGGAAAGAGAAUAUAGAUCUAUAUGGUCCAAAGAUUUGUUGUCAUAAGAGCAAUAUGUCAGAGACUCGGAUUCAUCGUAUAAGUUCUAAGAUCGACGAUACAAUGAUCAGAGAAGUAGUAGGAAACCAUAAGGAACCGGUGGUUCCAGUGUUUGAAGAAGUACUUGGCAAUCCUUUGAUUGAUUUGGAUUGCUUUAUCUUUCUCUAAGGAGAAGCUUUUUAUUUUGUUUGUUUGUUGAUGAUGUGUUUGUGUGAACAGAUAGGUUCUGUAUUUGCUUGUGACAACUUUUUUUUGUUGUUGUUGUUGUUGUUGUGUGUUUAUUAUAGGUUUUGUGAUGAUCAACUAGAUCAAAACUCUCAUACUACUUACUUUUUUUUUUCUUUCAAAAAUUUACUUUUAUUUGUAUGCAUUUGAAAUAGUUUGGAUUGAAUACAGCUAUGAAAGCUUAUUAUU